UGUUUUCCUCUUAUACCCCUUACUGUAACCCGCCUUCUCCCAUGGGUUCGGUCCGUCCUUUAUAUAACAAAUGGACGAAGACGAAGCAGCUGGAGGAGAGCCAUUGGUAGGUAGACAACUAUGUCGCGAAGAUCGAAGGAGUCGUCCCCAUAGUCCCAUUCCCAUACCAACACACAUCUAUCUCUAUCUCUCAUUCUCUCUGUGCGUAAGAGGAUUAGGAAGAUUGAGGAGACUGCUCAGCCAAUGGAUCCCUUGGCCCCUCUUAAUUUCUACGAUUUCCUUGAUCGCAUGCGUCAUCCUUCUGCCGUCGACCUUGUUCGUUCCAUCAAGAGAUUGUGAAUUGCAGCUUCAUAGUAUCUUUCUCAUUUAAUGCCUACGAUGCGGAGAGGGAUAGCAAAAAGCUACAAGAUUUCCUUGUGUCCAUGGAGUCUAUCUUUAGAGAUCAUCCUUUAUGGGCUGGUGCAACUGAAGAAGAAAUUGACAACUCUGUAGAGGGCUUGGAGAAGUAUCUGAUGGCAAAACUGUUCAACCGGGUCUUUGCUUCAGUACCUGAGGAUUCCAAGCGUGACAUGGAGAUAAUGGAAAAAAUACAAUUACUGCAGUCUUUCAUUAAACCAGAACACUUGGACAUACCUAAAUAUUUCCAGAAUGAAGCGUCUUGGUUGCUUGCUGAAAAGGAAUUGCAGAAAACCAAUGCGUUCAAAUCUCCACGUGAGAAACUUCUCUGCAUUUUCAGUUGUUGUCGUGUUAUCAACAAUUUACUGCUAAAUGUGUCAAUGGCAUCAAAUCACAAACCAGCUGGGGCUGAUGACUUUCUUCCCGUUCUCAUCUAUGUUACUAUCAAGGCAAAUCCUCCUCAGUUGCACUCAAAUCUUAAAUACAUACAACUUUAUAGGAGGCAGUCCCGCCUUGUGUCAGAAGCUGCAUAUUAUUUCACCAACCUGGUUUCCGUUGAGGCGUUCAUCAUUGAAUUAAAUGCACAAUCCUUGUCAAUGGAUGAAAAUGAGUUUGAGAGAUGCAUGCAGGCUGCAAGGUCAUCCAUCGCCAAGCAGCCACCUCAAUCCGCUACAAUAAAACGUGGUACUUUCCAAUCCAAUGUACUGGAUCCCGUGAUUGGGCAGCAGAUCUUUGAAGCCAAGGUUCAUGAUGAAGCCUAUCCCUUUAUGGACGCAGAGGUUGGUGACUUAAAGGUCGACGAGGUUGAGCUUCUGCUCCGCUUGUACAAGGAUGUGGUAGUCAAAUACUCGAGGUUGCGUGAUGCAGUAAAAAGCCUUUCAUUGGACAAGGCGUUGACUCUCGUUGCAAUGGACGAGCGGUCACAAUUAACAUCCAAGCAUGAGGAAACCAGCAGACCAAGAUGAAAGAGGCGCACUGACAUGUCUGAGAUGAUCGCGCAACUAGUCCGCUCACUAUUUACAACGUUGUCUCCCACUAUUCUCAGAUGGCGGAACAUCAUCCGACUCUAGAGAUUGAUAAGCCCCGAGCUUGAUCUGGCCCUCGCGGUUUGCUUGCAGCUUCCUCCUCCAAGGUCCCGUUUCUGGCAACAACUGCACUUAUUGCAAACAAGUUUUGCUGAUCCUUCAAAAUCUGGAAUAGCCACACUGAGUGUGGUGCCACAACCCGCAACAUUCGUUGUCCAUCAUCACCCAUGAAACUUCAUCUGACUUUAGAGAUUGAUAAGCCCUCGAGCUUGGCUCUGGGCCUUGCA